GCUCUGGGGGCCCCGCCCGCCAGCCCGCAGGUUCCGCCCAGCCGCAGCGUGACGGUCGUGCCUGCCGGCUGCGUGUUCCUCGGCGCGCGCCGUCUCCCCGGAGCCUCGGGUUCGCGCGGGUGUGCCGCUGCCAUGGUGUUCCAGUGCCAGCGGGACAGCUGGGCCCGGCAGUUCGCCACCAAAGUGGUGUCGUGCCGGGAGGCCGAGCUGCGGCCUGAGGGCGGGGGGGAACCGGUGCGCGGCUUCCAGGUGGUGCUGGAGGACACCAUCCUCUUCCCCGAGGGCGGCGGGCAGCCCGAUGACCGCGGCCUCAUCGGCGCUGUCCCGGUGCUGCGCGUCACCCGGCGCGGCCCCGAGGCCCUGCACUUCGUGGAGACGGCGCUGGAGCCGGGCAGCGCCGUGCUACUGUCGUUGGACUGGGAACGCCGCUUCGAUCACAUGCAGCAGCACUCGGGACAGCACCUCAUCACUGCCAUGGCAGAUCUGAUGUUUGGAUUCAAAACAACUUCAUGGGAGCUCGGCCGACAGCAGAGUGUCAUUGAGCUGGACACCCCUUCCAUGACCACAGAGCAAAUGGAGGCCCUGGAGCAGAGUGUGAAUGAGAAGAUCCGGGAGAGGAUACCUGUGACAGUGCGGGAACUGGCUGCAGAUGACCCUGAGGUUGAAACAGUGAGAAGCCGUGGCUUACCAGGUGACCACAUGGGGCCAGUUCGAGUUGUAGACAUUGAAGGCAUAGACUCCAACAUGUGCUGUGGGACUCAUGUCUCCAACCUGAGUGACUUGCAGGUUAUUAAACUUCUUUGCACAGAGAAAGGGAAAAAGAACAAAACCAACUUGGUUUUCCUGGCAGGAAAUAGAGUGCUGAAGUCAGUUGAACAAAGUCACCGUACUGAGAAGGCCCUAACCUCACUGCUGAAAAAUGGACCAGGUGAGCAUGUAGAGGCUGUGAAGAGAUUGCAGAGUUCUGUGAAACUGCUUCAGAAGAAUAAUUUGAACCUGCUAAGAGACAUUGCUGUUUUGAUAGCCCAGGAUUUCAAAAACAAACCUGUUCAAAGUCCGCUGUUUGUUUUACACAGUGGCUUUUUACCUGUCCAUGCAGGAAGGAGGGUGACUCUGAGUUUAUGAACAUCAUCGCUAAUGAGAUUGGGAAAGAGGUAAGUCAUUGAUACAGACUAACCUGACACCAGUGGUGUUUUCAUUCAACUUUGUAGCACGGGCAAGGGCUGGAUAGGCUUCUAUUUGCACCACAGUCACAAGCUACAGGUCUCUUUCCUUCCAAAAGUUAGACAAGGUUGUGGUCCCUAGCAGCCUCAGUGUGCUGGGGAUCCUUGGUAGUCAAAAAAUACAGCAGUGAAAAUUCAGAGCUUUGUAGAAGAGCCUGUAUCGCAGAAAGCUGUACAGAACCUCUUUGGACAUGUUAACUUAGGAUACUCCAAUACCUGUUCGGUCCCCCACAGUAUACAAUUCAGUAUGAAAAGUUCAAAAGCUCCUGCCCUCUUACUUCGAAUUGAGUUUCAGUAAUGAGCACAAACUUACAGCUUGUUUGCAUGCCUCAAUGGGAAAAGGAAGGCACUGGCUCUUUGGGGGCACGGUCCCUCUCUCUGU